AUGCUCAAGCUCUGCCAAGGGUGGAAGUUUACCUCAAAUCACUUAUCGGAUGAAGAUGGGAGAAUCAUCUUGAUCUGGCGUGAUCCUGUUGUUGUCACUUGCCUGCACCAAUCUAGACAAAGUUUAACUUGUCAGAUAAGGAUCCCAAACCUGCCUCAGUUCAACUACACAGCAAUUUAUGCUUCUAAUCUGAGCAGUGAGAGGACAGACCUGUGGAUCGAGCUCUUAAACAUAUCCCAGUCCCUCUUACUCUCCUCUUCGUCUUGGAUGAUCGGUGGAGAUUUCAAUCAAAUCCUACACCCUGCAGAGCAUUCAAACGUAGCUGUCAAUACUCUAACACCAAAAAUGACGGAAUUCAGAGAUUGUCUUACUCAGUUGGGAAUGUUUGACCUUCGGUUCCAUGGCCCCCAACAUACUUGGACUAAUAACCAACCUGAGACCCCAGUAGCAAAGAAGCUAGACCGCCUCUUGGUAAAUAGUUUCUUUGUUGCUGAUUUCCCUAACAGCACAGCCCGCUUCCUCCCUCCCCUCACCUCAGACCAUACCUCCUGCCUAAUUGACCUUGCUCACCCCCUACCUAAAGCCGGGACCCGUCCUUUUAAAUUCUUUAACUACCUCUCAAAACACCCAGACUUUCAUCCGUUGGUAAUGGAGGCUUGGAUUCAGGCCGGAAGCUUCGCUUCCACUCUAUCUUAG